AUGGAGAACCUUGGCGAAGAUAACCAUCUCCUCUGCUUACCCGCCACACUACCUCGACUUCUGGCAGCACGACCCCCAGCCUAUUCGCCCCAAGGAGACUCCUGGAACUCGGACCCCCUAUCGGCUUCAGCAGAUCGUUCUUCAUCCCGUCGCAUUGACUCGUCCCCAUCAGGCGACUUCCACCACAAUCAUCACCAGCAAUAUCCAGAACGCCGAUAUGAUGGUAGACACGACUACGGAGAAGGCGUCCAGAACCGCACCGGAGGGGACGGUGUUGGCGUUCGUGUGGCUGACGGUCCUGGCCCAAAUGUUCAGGGCCAGGGUCACGGCGUCGUCGGCGGGUUCCCGAACCAGAUCGGUACAGGAGGACAUUCGGGGAGGAGGAAAGUUAGGCCGCACGUAAAUGGUCGUAGAGGCAGACGUAACGAAACUGCAUUUAUUCAUGAUAUAAAUAAUGGGGCCCCUCAAGUACACAGACGCAAUGGUACCUUAGUUUUGGUAUAUCCUACUCAGAAACCAACACUCACGAGAGGCGGCGAGGGACCAGAAUCCGAAGGACCCGAUAUAUUUUUCCCUACCGACCGACCCAACAGCGGAAUGACCCCUGUGAUAGCGGACAGAAACAAAGGUCUAGAGUGCGCCCGCGGGAGCACCUUUUGCGAAAAAGUAGAAGGCUACCCGAAAGAAUUCUUGUCGACGAUUCUGCAAAAGGAGGCAAGAAAAUACAUGGAUCUGUUUGGUGAGGACCAGGUACGACAAAAAACUGUGGAAAGUGUUGUCAAUGUUACAAAUCGUAUCGAUUCGAAUGACGAUGAGCCUUUAUGUGCAUCCAAGGAAGAAAUUGUGUACCCUCAAGCGGCUCAAAAUAAGGACGACCAAUGGCUUUAUAUAAUCAAUCAAGAAGGAUAUACGCAAGGAGUUCGUAUUGAGAAAUGCGCGGACACCAGCGGUCAAUGCGGUUCCUUACAAUUGCCGCUCAAUUACGAAACCGGCUGCAAACAGAAAUACAUUUACCGCAAACUGUUGGCGGUAAACGGAACUGGCAUUGUUUCUGAUAGUUUUCGGCUUCCGAGCUGCUGCGCCUGCUACAUUCGAAAUUCAGGAGCAGCAAGUAGAAUCGCCGGAAAUCCAUUCAAUGCUUCAUCCAGACAAAGCUCGGUCCUGGACAAGUCCAGGACGGCUGCAUCGACAGGAUACAAUUAA